AGGUGUUCACCAAAUUUCUCGGCUUUGGAUGACUCCAAAGAAAACCAACCACAAACUGCAUUUGGGUUAUCUCUUGAAACUGAUCCCAUUUGCCGACGUAUACUGGCAGAAAAGCGACGCCCAUUCGGUGAUGUCUUUAUCCUUCCCAUGGCGAAACCAGCAAAGAACGGUGACGAGUAUGAGUUCUCAAACUCUGAUUCGGAAAAGUCAAAACGAUCGGUAAUUAAAUGA